AUGCCCUUACAGAACCAUUCUACUUCAAGUUUCAAAGAUGAAAGCACCGAUCGCUCAACACUCCGCCCAUCUCGUAUUGCUCGAAAAGCCCGAAGGGAACAUGAGCGACAGCAAGGUAUAUUAAAGAACAAACAUGAGGCGCGGGGUGCUAGACAACUUUCAAGAGACUGUGGUAUCAACGAACAAACUUCCCUUGAUACACAUGUUGUUGGUUGUGGCCAAUCAACCAUAAGUAGUCUCGUGGCACCAAAACCAAUUCGCGACCACAUGCGAAAAGGGUUCCUACAACCUGAAACCAAACGAGAUCUGGAGGAUAAAUUUUUCAAAGGGGUCGUCAUUAUUGAGCCCAGAGAAACUGCACUCGCUAACGCCGCAAAAGAGUUUGAAUCCUACUCGAAUGAAGAUAGAUUAGUUCUGUGGACUGAUGCUUCUCGCAACGAGCUUUCUGAUCGUGGAAUAGGUAUUGCUUACCACUCCUCCAAGUAUGUAUGGGACGAACUUUCUUGGCGAAUUCGAGGCCAAAUCUCGACCCAUCUUCUCGAGGUAUAUGCUAUCGUGAGAGCUCUUGAGAUAGCAUGGGACAUGUGCCGCAAUCAAGGAGCUGAACGAAUGCCGAGUAAGAUCCUGAUUUAUAGCGACUGCUAUGGUGCACUAAGACUAUUUGAUCAGUUUCGGAAUUCACUGAAAGUAUUGGAAAAGCUUACCUAUGCAGAGCAAAUGAUUGUACCAGGGAUCAUUGCGUCCGAAGCUUUGAGCGUACUUGAGGUUGGGGUCGCGUUACGAUAUGUUCCUGGACAUUCAGGAGUCGAAGGGAACGUAAAAGCCGACCGCGCUGCGAAGAUUGGUCGGAAGCACUCUGUUGAAAAAGAGAAGUUCCUAAUAGCAAAAGUAGUCGGAGCUCGAGUCCGACGAACAGCGUUCUAG